UGUAAUAUUUAUGAGCAUAACAAUUAAAAAUGAAAGGAAAUUGUCAUCUCUUUGUUUAAAAUUAUAUCGCAAUUGUAAAACUAGUGAGUUUAAAUUGUCAGAAUACAUAACUUGUAUUCGUGUAGGAGAAUAGAAAGUGAUCAAAGUUGAUCGUUAAAUGUACUGUAAUUAUCAAUACUAAGUUUUUAACUAAAAAACUAACGGAACUAUGUAUAUAAAAGAACUGUGCGCAAGAAACAAUGUAACGUAAAAUUGGUUACAAAUUUUGUAAUUUAAGCAUAUUAAUCGCGUAAAAUGUCGAACAUAACCAACCAAAAUGUUUCGAUCGAAUUGAAUAGAAAAUAGAAUACUUGUGCGUUGAGUGAUAUGAAUUGAGUGGAAUGCAUAUUGUGAUGUAUAUUUGGAACAUUCGUAAGGAAUGGCUGAAAAGGAGGCAAAGAUUGAAUACGUGACAGAACCUUGUCCUAUUGAGCCUCGUAAAAUAGGCCCACAAAAUAUUGUUGUACGCUUAAAAGGUCGUGAAACGUUCGGAUGCCCUUAUCCAGGAACGCAUGUGCAUAAUGCUAGACAAUUUUACCAAAAUGUAUUUCCAAAUUUUACUAUAAUGAAUGUAGAAAAACCGCCGUGUUUUUUAAGAAAAUUUAGUCCGGAUGGACGUUAUUUAAUAGCCUUCAGCGCAGAUCAAACUUCUAUAGAAGUUUAUGAGUAUCGUGGUGCAUCUGCUGCUGCUGAUUUAUUAGCAAACUGUGAAGGUGAAUACAUUGGUCACAAGAAUGAUGAAUGUAGUUUUCAAAUUAGGAGUAAUAUCUUUAGUCGAUUUUUCAAGGCAAAAUGGAUUGUAAAUGUAGUUCAAAGUAAUGAACAAUUAAACAGAGAAUGCAGUCUAUUUACAGAUGAUGGCCGUUAUGUAAUUGUAGGUUCAGCUGCUCAUAUUCCAGAUGAAUUGAGACCACAUUUUUAUCAGAUUUAUUCCAACAAUGAAGCAUUAACUCCAAAUCCUAGAUCACCUCUUGAAGAUUAUAGUUUACAUCUAGUUGAUCUGCGUGGUGGGAAACUAUGUGAUACCAGACAUUUUAAAGUAGAUAAAAUAUACUUAUCUCACAACCAAGGUCUUUAUUUGUAUAAAGAUAUAUUAGCAGUGCUGUCUGUGCAACAUCAAACUAUUCAUAUAUUUCAAAUUCUUGAUGGAAUGUUUAUCAAUGUCAGAACAAUAGGAAGGUUCUGUUUAGAGGACGACGCUUAUUUGGUUACAAGCGCCUGUCCAGGAGUAAAUUCCCGUCCAUUUAGAGACAUUACAAUAAAUAGCCUUAAACACAAGUUACUAGUUUAUCUGUACAAAAGAGCGGCGUACAUUACCGAUACGACAAAGGAUCCGUAUGAAUUAAGACGUUUCUAUCAAUACUUCGAUCAGUUAAACGCGUUACGAAUGUGGAAGAUGCAGUUAUUAGACACAAAUCACAUACUUGUAAGAUUUGCCAGUGAAGAAGUGGCGACGCUUCAAGCAAACGAACCUAAUGCGCAGCCUGCACUUUUAGUUGUUUAUGACAUAGUUUCAGCUAAAAUAUUAGCUGCUUACGAUAACGCGUCCACACAAUUGUUAACGCUGUUCGAAAAUUUCAGUGAUUUUUUCAGAAAUGCUAGAAUGAGUACAGAUUGUCAAUACAUGUGCUCUCCGUCUAAUAAUAUAUAUGCAAGACUGUUACAGCAAAGAUUCAAACAAACGAUUGUAAGUGCUAGAUAUGGCGGUGUUACGGAAGCUACAAAAAGAUUACUUGCUCAGUUGCCCAUAUGCGCUCAAUCUUACUCUAGUUCCCCGUAUCUGGACUUGUCCUUAUUUUGUUAUGAUGACAAAUGGGUGUCUAUGAUGGAACGCCCCAAAGCAUGUGGAGAACACCCUAUACGAUUUUAUGCUCGAGACUCCGGUCUUUUAAAGUUUCGAAUGUACGCGGGGAUGUUAGGCCGUACCACACCCACGGCUGCAAGACGAUUGGUUGCAUUUACUUUCCACCCUACGGAUCCAUUUGCUAUUUCUGUUCAGCGAACAAACGCUGAAUAUAUUGUCAGUUUUCACGUCAGGCAUGUUUAAAGUCUCAUCGAAAUAUGUAGAAAUUUUAUUACCAUUCAUCUGACCUUUAACCCUCUUUACCUCCUCUUUUUCAAU